GGCGUCUCCCUCCCCUCUCUGUCUCUGGGUGUCUCCGUUGUUGAAAGCCUGCACUUCUCGCCCAGGUGAGAUAUUUUUGGCGUGCGUAAUUGGAACCGCAACGUGCCCAGAAGAUGACGGACUUAACACCGGCAGAAUCCACCGCCGUUUCGGACCCGGUUGUUGUGGAGAACGGGCAGUGCGAGAAAGAGGAAUCCCCGGAGCAGCAGCAGCCGCAGACAGACACUGAAAGUCGGGGAGAGGGUCUCAAGAUGGACCAGGAGAUGAAGAUAACAGACAGCUUGGACGACGGAGGUCUUCUGGAGAGCAGCAUGCGUCUGAAGCCUCAUGAAGCUCAGAGUUAUCGUAAGAAAGCUCUGUGGGUGUCCUGGGUCUCCAUCGUGAUCACACUCAUCCUGGCCGUCGUCUCUUUCAGUGAGUAACGCUCCCUCAGGUCAAACACUGACGCCUGCUGCUCGGUUCUUCAGCUGAAGGACAGGUUUGUUAUUUGCCGUGGCAUCUGAACGGCUGAUUAAACAACGGCACUUAAAACA